CUGGUGUUCGGUGGUGUGGUUGGUGAUUCGUGUCGUGCGUUCAUUUACAUUACUAUUUAUAUUUUUCGUAUGUGCCGAUAGGAACUAAAUCUGACCUGACGACGAUUUUCUGAGUUAAAAAAAUAAUCAUAAUGGUGACAGUGCUCUACGCCGCGAUUCCGGUGUCAGUAAUUGUUGCAGUGGGCCUUUUACGUAAAUGGAGAUCGAGAAAAUGGGGCAAGUGUGUAAGUAAUACUUGUCUGAAAGGAAAGACAUAUUUGAUCACUGGGGCAACAAGUGGAAUCGGUCUGGAAACCACCAAGGCGCUGGUGAAAAGAAAAGCCCGAGUGAUUAUGGCUUGCCGAGACGUUCCUAGAGCAAAAGAAUUAAUAGCAGACAUUAGGAAAGUACAACCUUACGGGGGUGAAUUGAUCCCUAUGCACUUAGACCUUGCAUCUUUUGAGUCUAUAGAGAAAUUUGUAGAAGUAAUAAAGGCAGGUUUCUACAAAAUAGACGUUCUUAUCAAUAACGCUGGUGUUGCAAUACCCCUGGAACGCGAUGAGAAAACAAAGGAAGGAUUUGAAAUACAUUUUGGUGUAAAUCAUCUGGGACAUUUUUAUCUUACAAAACUGCUCAUAGAAUUAUUAAAAAGAGCAUCACCUAGCAGAAUUGUCAUUGUCUCAUCGUCCCUGCAUGAAAAGGGAGUAAUAAACUUUGCAGAUUUAAAUUCAAAGGAAGAGAUUGAGAAAGCAAAACAAGGCAAAGUGAAGAGCCGACAUAUAUCUGCCUAUCAGAACUCUAAACUAAUGAACUGUUACUUUAUGAGAGCUCUGGCGGAUCGUCUCAAAGAUACAGGUGUUGAUGUUAGCGCUUGCUGCCCUGGUUUUUGUUACACAAGUCUAUUCAGCGACAUCCAAUUCCGAGUUUAUCUGGAGGGCAAGACCAAAUUGGCUAAUUUGCCUCCAAGAAGCUUGUUGUGCUUAAUAUAUGGAGGGGGUACUUCACACCAGCCCAUCGACUGCAACUUUAUAAAGCUCAUGUUCGGUCUCACAUGUACUGUUAUCAUCUUUGGGCGGUGGCACCUCAGUGCCAGCUUCCUCCUACCUCUGGAUCGCGUCCAGCGCCGAGCGGCUCGAGUUUUCGAUGACCAGGACCUUUCCGAUAGGCUUGAUCCUUUUGCUUUGCGUAGAGAUGUAGUUUCGCUCUGCAUCUUCAAUCACAUUUGUCACGGGGAGUGUUGUGAGGAAUUUUUCGGAUUAAUACCAGCUGCUGCUUUUCGCUAUCGUACAUCGCGACAAAAAAUUCAUCCCCAUCAUCUUAAUGCGUGGCUAUCCACAACCUUGCGAUUUUGUCGAGAGUGUUGCAGGUGCAUAUUAACGACGGUGAUCACUUACCAUCAGGGUGCGGAAACAGUGGUCUAUUGCGCGAGUGAGUAUAGCAUCGAAGGUCGUACUGGUGUUUUGUAUCGAGACUGCGCUGUCUACGACUCCAAGUACCCGUUUGACAAGGAGGUCGAAAACCGGUUGUGGGAUGUGUCUGAGCAGCUGAUCAAAGCAAGGAAACCUAUCCCCAUCGACUAAACACAUAGCGUAUAUAUAAACAAUAUAAUUUCAUAUAAAAACUCCUUUUUAAGUUGUCCGAGUCUCAAGUUGAAUCGCCGAGUCUAGUUGUUAGUGUAACUGCAUGGAAAUCAGGUGUAGGUUAGGUAUAAAUGAAGUGAAACUUUUUAGAUUGUACAGGUCCCAGCACGUAACUCUAGCGCUGAACAAACUCGUGCACGUGCACCCGCGCACCUCGUUUCCCCCCAAGACAUCUUAAUUUUUACUUCUGCGCAAUAA